GUGUCGGUACAUCGCCACAAAGGGGCCAUUGUGUUGCCUUAGAACGAUCACACUGUUCGGAGGAUGAAUUAAACCGUAACCACAUUGGCUGGUCACAUGUAGAGCCAUGAAGAAAAGACCAAUGUAAAUUGAUACCGACCUUCAUCCAUUCAGCCAACGCGCGCUGUGCAUGCUUGCUUGCGGUUUCCGAUCCUGGCCUUCCUUGGCCUUUUGUUAAUGCAGUGCGGCCCAAUCAGCGGCCAGAAAUGAUGGUCCACGCGCUGUCUGAAGAUAUUGCAACACGCACGCUGGCUCAGAUUCGUAGACUUGCCCAGUCCCUCCGAGCCAGAUGUUGCGCCCUCUACCGGUGACUAAUACAAAAACUUGCGUCGCCUAUAUGUAUAUACCAUACGAAAAUAAUCCCGUCACACCGGGGGAGACGUAACAAAAAUGUUUUAUUAUAUUUUUUAAAAAUUGUUGUAAUGUUUUUUUGUAUUUAAAGUUCUUUUCCUUUAUUUCAAACCUAUAAUUUGUUAAUCACGUUCAUAAGAUAUUUGUUUAAUACAUCGCUUCUCUUAGUGUUAGUUUUGUUUUCAAGAUCAUUAAACUUAUUUGAUAUCUUAAAACAAACGAAAGUGCAACAAAUAAACAUUAGUACUUCAUAUUAUCCUAAGUCUAAAGCAGACUUCGAAGAUAUCCUGUACAAUAAACACCCUCAACGUUCACACAAUAGAACUUGAGUGAAUGCGAUUUCCAAACGUUUAAGUAAUGGGAGACUUUUGACUAGUUCUAAUUUAUCGCAAGAGGGCGUGCUUCAACGGUCCCGGAAGUAAAGAGUUCGUAUUUUGUUGUCCUUGAUUCGUGCACAAGCAGUGCACCUCAUUCAAAGAAACCUUGCACCAAAUGCCUGGAUCUUGCUGUGCCGUGUUCGGAUGUUGCCACCGCGGAGGGCACACAUUUCCCAAGGACAAAAAAAUACGAAACCAGUGGAGACGGGCCAUCAAAAGGGAUAGUUUCAAACCCAUACGACCGUGGUGGCCAACGGCUAGCAGUCUUGUGUGCAAGGCGCACUUUUUGGACUCCGAUUACGAAGAGAAGUCAGUGCUGGGUUUCAAAGUGAACAAGAAAAAACUAAAGAAAACAGCUGUCCCAAGCCAGUUUGCAUGGAGUAAAGUAGAACCCUCUUCACCAGCACUGUCAAGAGAAAAACGACUGAAGGAACGGAAUGAAAAGAGAAGGCUUGAGAAAGAAGAAGUGAAACAGGAUGAAUGCAGAAAAGGGGAAUCAGCUGAGAAUGAUGCCGUCGUGCAAGAUCUUAAUCUUGCCAUGCAGGUUGACAUCGAGAGUGUUCCAGUCAUUCAGGAGGUACACAUUCAAACUGAUCCCCUGCCCAACUAUUCUACGUGCACUUCCGAAACACAGACAGAGUCUAAUCGUGGGUUUACGAUAGAGGAUUUCAAGACUGAUUCAGCAGGAGUGCAUUAUUACACAGGUCUUCAAGAUUACCUCACAUUUUCUGAUGUUUUAGCUUCAUUGGGGCCGAGUGCAUUUAAGUUGACAUACUUACACGGUGUACGACCCAGCAUCUGUGUACCAGAUCAGUUUUUUCUAACUGUUAUAAAAUGCAGAAGAUACACGCCAAACUUUGAACUAAGUCGUAUGUUCAAAAUAAGUGAGUCAGAAGUUUACUGUAUCUUUGUAACCUGGAUGAGAUUUAUGAGUCUUCAGUGGAGAGAGGUGGAUAUAUGGCCCAGCAGAGACUGUGUUAGUUUUUAUGCUCCAUCAGAUUUUAAGAGGAACUUCCCCACUACACGGACUAUCCUUGAUGGGUUUGAAUUUCCUGUAAAGAAACCCAAAGCUCCCACUGCUCAGCAAGUCACCUUUUCUACAUACAAAAAUCGCAAUACAGCAAAGUCAGUUGUUGGAGUGACCCCAGGGGGUCUUGUCAGUUAUAUGUCUUGUGCUUAUGGAGGUUCAACUAGCGACCGACAAAUAGCAGAACGCAGUGGACUGACUAGGAGAACAGAUCCAGGAGACGCCAUCAUGGUAGACAAGGGAUUUGAUAUCCAGGACACUUUUGCACCAGUAGAUGUCACCAUAAACAUCCCAACAUUCUUCAGGAAGAAGAAUAGAAUGUCAGGAAAGAGUGUUUUAAGGGAUAGGAAAAUUUCCAGUAAGCGAGUCCAUGUUGAGAGAAUUAUUGGUCUUGGCAAAACGUACAAAAUUCUCACACAGCCACUCAAUCAGACAGAGAUGACUCUAGCAUCUAACAUCGCAUUCGUUUGUUUCAUGCUGCUUAACUUCAGAAAAUGCAUCAUUCCAAGCAGUGCCUAAGGAGGUUUUCCUCAGUAGAUUUUGGUAGUCGUACCACCAUGGCAUCCGCAUUUCUCUAAUUGGGCGAUUCCAUGAAAAAGGGGACAUGGUUGUAAAAUGGAAAUUUACUUAUAUCUUCAGAACUACAAACAUCACAACAACAAGUGUGGUAUUAAAUUAAUGGGGACAACAAGAUCUUUCAUUUGAGUGGCAUGCCAGUGGGAUGGAAUGUAGUUCAGUGUGAUUUUUGUCCAAAAAAUUGUUUUGGGGCUAAAAUGGUGGAUUUUUGUGGUCAUUUUUGCACCUUGUUUUAACAUAUGAAACACGCAUGUUUAAUAUUGUGAUUUUUUUAUUUUAAGUCAGAGAGAAAGCUAGUAGGUGAGUUUUACCAAGACAAAUCGCAAUUAUUCCAACCUAAUUUUCCAUUGGCAGUGUAGCAAACAUUGAUGUUUCACAGAGUGUAACGUUUGUCACGGAAAUUGUAACGUCCGUCACAGGCUUAAAUGGCGGAUUUCUUCUAAAACCAUGUGAUUUUAAAAAUUGAAUAUUUUGUGCAGGCUACCUCAGACCAGCACACACUGAUGGAAAUACUAGGAUUUUUCGCAAGUGUGUAAAAUUCACAGGGAUUUGAACUGAGUGUCAAGAGUCAAAGGUGCUUGUCUUUUAAAUGUAACAUCCGUCACAAAAAUGUUUUGAAGUUUAAUGAAGGUUGACAGAAACUCAA